UAGAGGCAGUUAUUAAUAGUGUGGGGGGAUUGGGGUUGUACCAAAAAAUACUCUUUAUCGCCAUGAUGCCUUUUGGGAUCGCGUGGGCCUUUUUGUACUUUUGCCAAAUGUUUGUUACAGCAACUCCUGAUGUUCAUUGGUGUCGUGUGCCAGAACUCGAUAGUCUUAGCAUGGAAAUGAGGAGAUCCUUAGUCACACCAACUACAGGAAAUUACGACUUUGACAAGUGCAAUACGUUUGACACUAAUUGGACGCAAGUGCUUGAAUCUUUACGAGCACCUGAAGCUGGUACGCCAACCAUACCAUGCCCAAAUGGGUGGGAGUUUCAGUUUGAGGAUAUACCGUACUCGACAGUUGUAAGCGAGCGCGGAUGGGUAUGCGAUCGCGCAUACCUGGUGCCAUGGUCACAGUCUAUCAGCUUCGUGGGCUCUGUGAUCGGAGGCAUCGUCUGUGGCAUGCUGGCUGACAAAUACGGGAGGCUGCCAGCUUUGGUGUUGGCCAAUGUUUUUGGGAUUAUCGGCAACGUAGGCACGAUAUUUACAACUGGUUUCUGGGACUUUUCAAUUUGUCGCUUCAUCGCGGGAAUGUCUGUAGAUAGCUGCUUCCUACUCAUUUAUAUACUGGUAUUGGAGUACGUCGGGACCAGAUACCGUACUUGGGUAUCAAACUUGUCAAUAGCAUUAUUUUUUGGUGGAGGCUGUGUUCUUCUUCCAUGGGUGGCGCUAUGGAUUUCAGACUGGAAGUGGAUUAUGUUCGCCACAGCUGUGCCCAGCGUUUUAGUAUUUUUAACGCCUUUUCUAGUUCCGGAGAGUGCUCGAUGGUUGAUAUCAAAAGGGCGUGUUGAUAAGGCUGUCACAGUUUUAAAAAGAUUUGAAAAGAUGAACGGAAAUAAAAUACCCGACAAUGUAAUGGAAAAGUUUGUUACCAUAGCAAAAACUAGAAUAGAGAAAGAAGAGGGCAUCAGUUUGAUUUUCAAGACUCCGUCUCUAAGGAUAAUGGUGGUAUUCCUAAUAAUUGCAUUUAUGGCGGUUGCAGUCAUGUUCGAUGGGAUAAUUCGUAUGUCAGAGAAUCUUGGGAUGGAUUUCUUUGUUACUUUUGCUGUCACUUCUGCCACUGAAAUUCCAUCCAUAAUAGUUUUACUAUUUUUAUUAGACAGAUUGGGAAGGCGCUGGUUGGUGUUCGCACCCAUGAUGGCUGCUGGUAUAUUAUGCCUUGUGACUGCAUUCGUUCCUAGAGGUAUUAUAUCGGUGUCUCUGGCUGUUACCGCGCGGUUCUUCAACAACAUGUCGUACGUGUCCAUUAUCCAGUGGACGCCAGAGCUGAUGCCGACUGCUGUGAGAGCUUCCGGGGCGUCCUUCGUGCACAUCACAGCUUUUGCUGCGGUCAUCGUAUCACCAUUCAUUGUUUACUCUGAUAACCUAUGGGAAGGCUUGUCGUUGAUAAUAGUGGGUGUAGUUGGUCUGGCCGGUGCGUCGCUAGCUCUGUUCCUGCCAGAGACAAAGGGUCAAAGGAUGCCCCAGACCCUUGAUGACUGGAAGGAGCUGGCGAAGAAAAAGUUUUAUGUCAGAAAUACAUCGUGAGUGUUUCGUAUCCUGGAGGAAAACACGGAGUAUCUGCAUUUUAAUACAAUUUACAAAGAAAA